AUGGCCGUCCGGAGUGUGGACUUGGCUUCCGGCACCAACGCACCCCUCGACCCCCAGACGGCGGCGGCAUCAGCGGCGCUGAUGGUGUUUGAUGAGCAAAUGAAUAAAGGCAGCAGGUCCCCCACCACCACCUCCACUCCCACGGGCACUCCCAGCGGCUCCUGGAAAUUUCCCUGGGUUCUCAGUACUCCCCCAGCCAUAGGUUCAGCAUUUGACCAAGCCGUGACCAAGGACACCUGCAUGGCGGUUGGCUUCUUCCAGCGAGGAGUGGCCAACUUCCAGCUGGCGAGGAUUGAGGAAGGAGCUGGGUGGGGGAACGGGGGAGAGUCUGGGUGGGGGAUCAGGCCCCUGCCAUCACCUUGGCCCCACUCCCAGGUGCUAUACAAUGUGGCGUCGGCACAGUGCCAGCUGGGGCUCUGGACAGAGGCGGCCGGCAGCCUAAGGGAGGCCAUGUCCAAGUGGCCGGAGGGGUCCCUGAAUGGCCUGGACUCAGCCCUGGACCAAGUGCAGAGACAGGGCUCACUGCCGCCACGGCAGGUUCCCAGGGGCGAGGUCUUCCGGCCCCACCGGCGGCAUCUGGAGCACCUGGAGCCCGUGGAUUUCCUGGGCAAGGCCAAGGUGGUGGCCUCUGCCAUCCCCGAUGACCAGCGGUGGGGUGUCCGCCCUCAGCAGCCACAGGGACUGGGAGCGAACCUCGAUGCCAGGUCCCCAGUCAUGGACUCCCCAAGAGCUGGCACCCACCAGCGCCCCCUCGAUGCAGAGAUGGAGGUCGGUGCUGACCGCUGCACGUCGACCGCCUACCAGGAGCAGUGGCCCCAGGUGGAGCAAGUUGGCAAACAGGCUCCUCUCCCCCCAGGGCCACCAGCAACGGGGGCGCCUGGCCCCGGCCCCUGUGAGGACCCCGCGGGUGCUGGGGGAGCAGGUGCGGGGGGCUCCGAGCCCCUGGUGACUGUCACCGUGCAGUGCACCUUCACCGUGGCCCUGAGGGCGAGAAGAGGAGCCGACUUGUCCAGCCUGCGGGCACUGCUGGGCCAGGCCCUCCCUCACCAGGCCCAGCUUGGGCAACUCAGUUACCAAGCCCCAGGUGAGGACAGGCAGUGGGUCCCCAUCCCCGAGGAGGAGUCGCUGCAGAGGGCCUGGCUGGACGCGGCUGCUGGCCCCAGGGGGCUGCAGCUGCAGUGCAGGGGAGCUGGGGGCCGGCCAGUCCUCUACCAGGUGGUGGCCCAGUACAGCUACUCAGCCCAGGGGCCAGAGGACCUGGAUUUCCGACAGGGGGACAUGGUGGACGUCCUGUGUGAAGUGGACGAGGCAUGGCUGGAGGGCCACUGUGACGGCCGCAUUGGCAUCUUCCCCAAGUGCUUCGUGGUCCCCGCCGGCCCUCGGAUGUCAGGAGCCCCCGGCUGCCUGCCCCGAUCCCAGCAGGGAGAUCAGCCCUAGCAAUGCUGUGUACAUGAUGUUUUAAUAAAAACCAUGCUCACUGCA